CAAACCGGAAGCGACGGCGAGGGAAGGUCAAGAAGUAAACAUGGCGUCCUGCAGCAUGUUGAGGUCUCUCUGGACCUCCUUCUCGGGGCUGAAACUCGCUACUGCAGGCAUCAACACGGCUGCUUUCCAGAGAUUAAAUGUCCCCCACAUGUCCGCCUUCUCUGUCCCGAGCAGAGGGAUCCGGCAAGUUGUGGAAAACCAAGAUGGUAAAACAACAACCAUUGAAGGAAAAAUCAUGGAAAUUCCAGAAGGACCACAGCCUCCCAAUCCCUCAGCACAAUGUCCAAUUUACAGAUGGAACCUACAGAACAAAUACACAUAUACGGAUGUCCUGUUGCUCAGUCAGUUCAUCAGGUCAGAUGGAGGGAUGCUGCCCAGGAGAAUCACCGGUCUCUGUCGAGAGGAGCAUCACAAAAUCUCAGUGUGUGUGCGGAUGGCUCACAGAGCAGGUUUACUCCCGGACCACAGACCCAAACUUCCAGAGGGCCACGUACCAAAGAAGCCCAAACCACAACUCAACAGAUACCUGACUCGUUGGUCCAUCAAGUCUGUAAAGCCCAUCUACAAAAAGGGACUGAAGUGGUGUAAGAAAAGAAUGGAUGUUGGCGACCCAGCUCUCAAGAACAAUGUGCGUUACGGCGUUAAGCCCAUGAGCUUCAAGCAUUGAGAGACAGAAAGCCUCACGUGUCGGCAACAACUGGAGGACAGUGGGUGGGCUCACUCUUCCAGGAUGCUGUGAAGAUUUCAUGUCGUGCUGAGCUGGGAAAAAAAAUCCUGAAAAAGUUGAAUCCAUCUGUAUUUAUUUUAGUUCUUGUUUAUGGAACUGUGUCACACUGAAAUGAAUCAAACUCGGCCCCUCCCAGAACAUCUAUUCCGAUUGCUGGCUCUGAGGCAAACCCUUGAAGUGAACUCCGCUAACAAUUGAAUGGGAACAACUGGGUCAGUGUGACAGCUUCAAAGUAGGAGGUAUGUUGACCAUGUAUAAGCAAGACAACACAGAUCCGCAAAUAAAAAUGUCUGUUUAUUCUG